AAACGUUCCACUCUUGCCUGUGCUAUGUAAAUAGAGUGAGGGUUUCCAGGCUCCAUCUGGUUCCAGUUACUCACUCACACACGCCAAUACACAUGCCUCAGGAAUGUGCAGAUGGACACUGUGCUGCUGUGCAUAAAAUCCAUCCUAAUGUUCAUUGUGCUUUGUCACUUCCUCACCUCCAGAAUGUACCUGUAGCUCUGAUGAAUUAAUCCCUUCCUUCGACUUGAAGGAAACGCCAGGUACAAAAAACAACUGCUGACUAACAGUCACAGGCCUCGCUUUGUACUAUCUGAGCUUAAGUUCAUGACCAAAAAUGGGUUUAUUAAAAAAAUCAGAAGAAAACACCCUUGACCACCAAGGACUGCCUCUUCCUGAAAGCCCCCGUUCACAUAAAUACAGGAAGUAGAAAGAAAGCAGCUAAAAGCAGACACAUUUGGAAGUGUAUCCUGACUUGGGAGCCUCUGGGCUUUUGGAAGCACGGCAAUAAAAAAGCGUCCUGUCAAAGGCAUCAUCUGCCAAAAAAAAAAAGUGGGUCUGGAGAAGGCGUGGAAGUUUGGUCAGGCAAUGCCAAGGUAUAUCUUGCUUCACAAGGGAGAUUGUGAGUGAUUUUGAAGAGAGAAGCAACUCACCAGCUUCUUGGCGGAGAGGAUGAAAACAUCGCUGGGGAACCAGGGAGCUGGACUUGUCACAGAAAGUGGUGACGAACAGGAAAAGAAGUCCCUGCCAAGCCAAUCUAUUGCUUCAAAAAGCUGCUUCCCUCCACCAGGCAUCGGCGUCCUUGAAAAGCUCAUCAAAACUUGCCCAGCAUGGCUUCAGCCGAGCCUCAGUAAAGAAAAGGCUGCUGAGAUACUUUGCAAGGAACCAGCAGGGAUAUUCAUGGUUAGGAAAGAUGAGAAAAUGGAAAAUCUGUUCCUCUCAGUUCAUUGCACAACUCAGAAAGAGACUUCAGAGGUCCUGGAGUACAAGAUUAAAGAAGAAAAAUCAUUUCUGUACCUGGAAGGAUCUCUCCUUGUGUUUGAAGACAUUUUCAGACUAGUUGCAUUCUACUGUGUCAGUAGAGAUUUGCUUCCCUUCACAUUGAGACUACCACAAGCAAUAUUGGAAGCCAAUAGCUCUACAGACUUAGAAACCAUCUCUAGCCUUGGGAUAGGUUUCUGGGACUCCUCUUUAAAUCAAAGGCAAGGCAGAAGAUUUCCCCAUGCUGUGAGAAGUCCUGCUUUCGCCACAGCCCAAGAAAAAAAAGUUAAAAACACCAACCAGUGUUUUGCAAGCAGCGCAAACAAUUGUUCAUGUGAAAUUGAGUUGUCAAUAGGAAAUGACAGGUUGUGGUUUGUAAAUCCUAUUUUUAUAGAAGAGAGAAGCCAUUGGUUUCCCCUGAACGUUCCUCCCCCAGAGAGUGGCAGGGAGAGCUCUUCUUUUACUAGAAAUACUGUGACAAGUCCACAAAAGAAGACGCCAAGCCGCCGGCCUCCUCCUCCUCCACCUCCUCCUCCUCCUCCACCUCCACCACCACCACCACCUCUACAUGUUCUGAAGCAGCCUGACAGGCCUUCCAUGACCACGUCUGAAGAGGACCACCUGCAGGAUCUGGGGAAGAACAAAAAGGAGAUGAAAACUGAAGCUUUUAAAGAGAAGGAUGGGCAACAAUCCUUCUUUCCUGGUGACUCCUCUUCAUCUGCCAUUCCCAAGAAAUGCUUACCCCCUUUGGUUCCACCAAGAAGAUGCUCAACUGAAAGACCGUCAGGGAAAAGCUGUUUUGACAAGUCAGGGUCAGUCCCAAAACCAGAAGGUGAACAAGUAGCAAAGCAGAAUGGUAGGAAUGACAGCUGUAUCAAAGAUACUCAAGCCAUGGAAGAAACACAAGUGUUGGAAGAGAAGAUGGAGAAGACCUCCUCAGCAGUUUUGGAACUGAAACCUGGAAAUAAGGCUAAGAAGCCAAUUGAGUCACAAAAGAAGUCCAUAGAGAAUGACAGCUGUGCCAAAGAUAUCCAAGCCAUGGAAGGAACACAGGUGUUGGAAGAGAAGAUGGAGAAGACCUCCUCAGCAGCUUUGGAGAUGAAACUUGGAAAUAAGGCCAAGAAGCCAACUGAGUUGCAAAGGAAGCCCACAGAGAAACCCACAGGGCCUCCUGUUCCACCUCCAAGAAAAAAGAGGCUUUCCCGAUAUCCGUCAUCUGCCAGCUCUGGAUAUUCAAAGCACAUGAACACUGAAGACCUGGAAGUGUUCAAUCCUGAUGAAAGCUCACAGACAGGAGAAAAAACUUGCUCUGACAUAAAAAGGGAAUCUAAAGCAACCCAUAAACUUGCCAGCACAUCAGAUUGUGGAGGUUCUCAUGACUCACUGCAUUGUCCAGUAGGCAAUACUGGCCUUCCAACAACCACUUCUGAGCUUGACUCCUAUUCCACCAGUAGCACUGAGGAUGAGACGGAGUCGGUGAGCAGCCCUUCUGUGAAGAAGACCCGGUCCAUGAUUUUAGGCAAAGCAAGGCAUCGUCUGUCCAUGGUCAGCCUGAGUAAUGUCUUCACGGCUUUCCUGUCUGCUGACAGAAAGCUCCAGAAGAAGAUUGUGGAGUUGGCUCAAGAUAAGGACUCGUACUUUGGCAACUUGGUGCAGGACUAUAAAGUGUACAGUCUGGAGAUGAUGGCCAAGCAGAGCUCCAGCACAGAGAUGCUCCAAGAGAUUCGCUUAAUGAUGACGCAGCUGAAGAGCUAUUUAAUCCAAAGCAUGGAACUCAAAACUUUUAUGGACCAGACCGUUCACACAGAUGAACAACUAGAGGUGAUUAUUGAGUCGGCGUUGCACAAGUGUGUCUUGAAGCCUUUAAAAGAGGCCAUUGAUUCCUACUUAAGGGAAAUCCACAACAAAGAUGGAUCCUUCAGGCUCCUCAAAGAAAAUCAACAAGUCAUCCAAAAUACGACUACCACUGACUUGGGAGUCACCACCAGCGUGCCCGAAGCUGCGGUUCUGGAGAAAAUCCUACACAAAUUCACAACUAUGUCCAAAGCUUAUUCCCCAGAGAAGAAGAUUAGCAUCCUACUGAAAUCUUGCAAACUCAUCUAUGACUCCAUGACUCAGGGAAACUCAGGAAAGCCUCAUGGGGCAGAUGACUUCCUUCCGGUGCUCAUGUAUGUUCUGGCCCGCAGUGACCUGACGGAAGUGCUUCUGAAUGUAGAGUAUAUGAUGGAGCUCAUGGACCCUGCUCUACAGCUGGGAGAAGGGUCUUAUUAUUUAAUCACUACUUAUGGAGCAGUGGAGCUUAUCAAGAGCUAUGAUAAGAUCACAGUCACCCGGCAGCUAAGCACCGAGGUUCAAGAUUCGAUCCACCGGUGGGAGAGACGGAGAACGCUUAACAAAGCCCGGGCAUCCCGAUCCUCUGUUCAGGAUUUCAUUGCAAUCUCUUUCAUGGAGGCUGACUCAAAAGCACGGACUCUGGCCUACCGGACUGACUCAACAACUCACCAGCUGAGCCAGCAGUGUGCUGAGAAGUUUGAAGUCUCAGAAGCUCAGGACUAUGGUUUGUUUAUUCAAGUGGACGACAAGAUCAUGCGGCUUGACGAUGAUGCCCUUCCCCAUCACAUCAAAUCCCACCUGUUGAACAAGGAGCCCAAGCCAACUUUCUACUUUAUUUAUAAGCCAAUGGGCAGUGAAGAGACAGCGGUCCCUGUUAUCAAGGACCCAGAGGCUUUAUAAUCGCAAAACAGCUCUUACAUCAACUUGUUUCUAAGGACUGUGAUGUUCCUCCUUUCAAAGUAUGCUGAUCUCCACCAAGUAGCAGAAGCAGCCUGAAGCACAGCUUCCUGAAUGGCUGGUGGUGGAGACAGCAUUUGUGAUUGUCCAUCAGGGAAAUUUCUUGGUUGAAUCCAUUUGCAUCUGUAAAAAAUGAUUUCAUCCAAAGUUCACUCUUGCAGAAACUUGAAGAAUUUAGAACCUCAUACCAUGAGCAAAUGAUGUAGCCUUGAAUGCCAGCUGCACUAAGUUGGUAGACUUGAGGUUAUGGGCAUUAUGGCAAUAUCUUCUUAAGCCAUGGGGCAUCAAGCCUACAGUGUUAUCAGAGACAGCCCCAAAUAUUUGGGGGCCUGAGGUAGAAAAUCCAAAUAGACUUUCUAGCAGCAGCACAGAAAAAAUGUGAUACAUUUAGCAAUUAGCAAUGCUUUUGACAAACUCUGACAUUGCCUUUCUUUCACGAUAUCAUUUCCCAAUGAUAAAACUGACUCUGAAUAUCACAUCUAGCCUGAGGUCUCUUGCUGCCUGAGAUGGAGCAACAAAACAGCAUCCUGCAUUCAACUAAGUCAGAGUGCCCAAACGUACCCAAUUAUUUUGGCAAAAGAGGCAGAAAACUCUGCAAGUUCUCCUCCACAUCUCUGGUAGUAAAAGGACAAAUUAACAAGUAAUUAACAUGACCUUUCAUAAAAUCAAAUGCUUGCUGUCUGAAUAUAACUCCCAGUGGCUCAGUAGGUUAAGCCACUGAGCUGCUGAAAUUGCUGACUGAAAGGUUGCAGGUUCGAAUCAGGGAAGUGAUGUGAGCUCCCACUGUUAGGCCCAGCUUAUGCCAGCCUAGCUGUUCAAAACAUGCACAUGUGAGUAGAUCAAUAGGUACCGCUCUGGCGGGAAGAUAACAGUGCUCCAUGCAGUCACAUGACCUUGAAGGUGUCUACGGACAGUGCCGGCUCUUCAGGUUAGAAUAUGUAAUCACAGAGAAGGCCCUCUCCAGCGUCCUCAACAAAAGUGGUGACCUGCCUUCAGUUCUACCAAUAGAAAGGAACUAGAUUGGUAUUUAAAUCAUUCAUAUUGGUAGUGGGGGAGCAGGAUAGCUUUGUGUGUACAUGAGUGGGACACAGAGCUCUUGUCUUGGAGCUAAGAGAAAGAAUGGGGAAGGGCUACUGCUGUUCCAUACAACUCAAUACCUACUGCCUGAAAUUAUCACCACACUCUGCCUUUAUGCCAUAUAGACAGUCAAAAAUGAUCAAAAUUCUAUUGGGGAACUGAACCUAUGGAAGAAAUGUCUUCUGUGUGAUGCAGCAUGUAGUUAUUCAGUCAAAUUGCACAUAUCCUUGUGUUGUUCACUCUCAGACUGUUUAACCUCGUGUCAGUCUUUACAACUCUGUGCUGGCACAAAACCAAAGGAAAGUCUGGACUUGUGAAGCUAAAAGUUUUGUACUUUGUACUACUCUGCACAUAAUGAGGUAUACAGUGAAUACCUUUAAGCACACAAUGCAUAGUGUCAGGUGAUAAAGCCAGUCCCCGUCGAUUAACAAGGUGAAGGUAGGUAUGUGUCAUACUGCCUCUACCAGCUUCUUUUUGAGCAGAGAAACAUUUCGUAUAAUUGAGGUUUUGUUGCUUGCUGGCUUAGAUAUGGUGCCAAUGACACCAAGAAACUAACAAAGUUUGUUGGCCAGGGUGAGAACAGGGAAGAGACUCAAUUUGUGAGGUGAUACCCUUUCAAGUAUUAAGAUAGGGUCAUAUUAAAAACUCAGCUGUCACAUUGCUAUACUGGUGAAUUUAAGCUAAAGCUAUUUUAGGAACAGAAUACUCAGUUUACUUUAGGGAAUGGGAUUAGCCCAAGGCAUUUUCUUGCUUGUGGUGAAAGGGAUAUCAUCCCAAAUCCAUCUACAAAAGCUGGCCUGAAUCUCCACCUCAGCUCAGGGCAGCAGUCUACCUUCCAGUGUGAAGUGCAGCUUUUAGGGUAAGAAGACAACUCUGUUUCUUACCACAGCUCAGCACUUGCUACCUGAGUCAACAGUCUUUCUGUUCCCUGCGUUCGGCCAGGUCUGCUUUUUCAGUUGCUCCAAGUCAAACCAGAUGUUCUUUCUGGUGGACAAGAUACAAGGAUUUUUGGAGACCUUGGAAUCAAGCAGUUAUUUAGCCAGUUGGCAGUUAUGUUGGACUGAUUUAACCAUCUCUCCACAUUAAGUACUCUUUCUUGCUGAAAAUGUAGUUCUUGUUUUCCAUUUGAUGUUUAUUGAUAUGCUGUCUCUCUAUAGAACCAUUUCAUCAAAUCUGUGCUGCAAAAGUGUAUUUCAAAAUAUAUUUAUUACACUGUGAUGUACUGUGUAUUUGAAUUUUAAUUCCAUGCCUCAUUUAUGGAGGCAGUAUAGACAAAACUUUUGGAAGGCCCAAGUGCUGUAGUAGCUUCAGUUUGGUUCUCUGAAGUAGAUCAAAUAAAAUAAUUUUAAGGUCACUGGAUGGCCUUUUACCAAA